AUGAGUACCACUAUCGAUCAAUCAACAUUACCACCUGUUCCAAAGUGUAGUAUGCUCUACGCAAUUAAAGAAGCCUAUUAUGGAUUUAGACCAAAUUUACCAAAAUUUACUGAAAAGGAUUACCCCGAUUUAAGUGAUAAAUUAGCUAUUGUAACUGGUAUGAAUACAGGUAUUGGUUAUGAAGUGUGUAAACUUUUGCUUGCUAAGAAUUGUACCGUUAUUGGUGUUGUGAGAACUCAAUCAAAAGGUGACUUGGCAGCUGAAAAUUUAAUUAAAGAAACGCAAGUAUCUAAGGAAAAAUUGCAAAUUAUUGCCGGUUGUGAUUUUACUAAAUUUGAAACUGUUAAGCAAACAGGUUUAAGUUUACAGAAUAAGCUAGAGGGUAAAACAAUAAAUCUUAUUAUACAUAACGCUGGAUUAAUGUCCUCUCGUAAUGAUUUGAGUAAUGAGGACGGGAUUGAAGCUAUGUUUGCCACCAAUGUUAUGGGUCCUCAAUUGUUACAACAUUUUUUGGAUCCUCUUUUUUUGAAAAAGGAUUCUAGUUUAAAAAGAAUUGUUUGGGUUAGUUCUCUGGCUCAUUUUGGUUCUCCCUCUAAUUACGGGGUGAAUUGGGAUGAUCCAACAUAUAAAGAUGUUAGCAGUAGAGCACAUUCCUCGGUUUUGUAUGGUCAAUCAAAAGCUAUUAAUAUUUAUCAAGCUAAAAUAUGGGCAGAUCUAAACCAUGCAGACAAAUAUGGCAUCAUUUCUGCCUCUUGUUUCCCUGGUAUUUUGAAAACUGAUUUAACUAGAGACUAUUCUUUUGUCAUUAAGGGUAUUGCUAACAGACUCUUUUGGGAUUCUAAGUAUGGUGCUUAUUCUGAGUUAUAUGCUGCUUUGUCACCGGAUCUAUCCAAACAAGGCGAAUACGUUGUACCUUUUGGAGAAGUACAUGAACCAAGAGAAGAUAUUAAAUUAGGGUUAAGCAAUGGGGUUGGCUUAAAAAUUUGGGAAUAUGUUGAAGAACAAAUUAAACAAUAUUUUUAA